AUGCGGUCACCCACGAAGAUCCGCACUCCAACUAAGUUGGUGCGGUCUGGAGAGGCUCGCUGGGCAUCUAAAGCAAAGGACGUGAAGAAAAAGUUAUUGGGGACCGGAGACAACACAUUAGACAGCGCCUGGCCACCUCCCAAACGCGUCAAACUGAGUAUUGUGGACGAUUUACACCGCCAAGUCCAGGUAGCACAGUGCCUCGAGGAAGACCUACUGCGAGACAACGCCCGUAUGAGGCUCAAGGUGCUGAAUUUGCGAGAUGAGGUGGGCUAUUACUACAGCCUUCUGGGCAGAAUUGAGCUCAUAGCGGCUGACAAUACGGGUCGAAGUCAGUGGACGCGGUGGUAA